CGUCUCGUGAACUCUGCGCGCGUGGUUUUUCUCGACUCGAACUGUUUGGCACAUACUGCUUAGCCUUUGACCUCGUGGUUAGCCUCGAGUUACGACGAGGCAAGGAAGCGAUUCGGCAAUGAUGGAGGAAGACAGCGCCGGUUUCGGUGAGCUCAUCCAACAAGCGGAGCAGCUAACGGCCGAAAUCGACGACACGGGCCUGCCGCGCGUCACUCGCAACCUCAAGCAAAUCGUCGAAGAAGGCCAGCAGCUAUGGUCGCGCACGGCUCUUCUCUCGGCCAAGGACACGAACGAGGUGAAGGCCUCCAUACUCCUGGGAUCCAGGGGCUUCGACUUGCCGAGGGCCUCGCAGAAACUCGAAGGCCUAGUGACGGCGUCGACCUUCGAACCCUGCGAAGACGCCCGCGAGACGGACAUCCAGGCCUUCUUGCGGGCGGAACGCGAGACCGCCAUCCUCUCGGUGGUCGCGGAGUCCUUCAAGGCGACGCAAGAGGAGAGCGACAAGUUCUGCUGCGACGCUUUCGCGAACGAGUGGCAGCGCGAGAAGCAGCGCGUUCUGGAUUCGCUCCUGGGACCUUCCAGCGACGUCAUGGACGUUAGCACGGCGGUCGCCGAGACGAGCAGCGUGCUGGGGUCCACCUUCCAGUUGGACUCGAAGACGCGGAGCGCCAUGUCGGCCGCCGAAAUGCCGUACGCCCGCGCGGUGGCCCGCUACAACGACGAGGUCAUCAGCGGCGGCACGCGUCCCAAGCUGGCCGACCGCUUCCGAGAGGUCGCCGAUAAGGAACUGGACGACCGCAGCGCGACUGCCAUGUGGGACAUGGUGUGCUUCAUCUUGGACGCGCCGCUCACUUCGGCGGGUGACUCGUCGCAAGGCGUAUGUGCCGUAGCGACGCCUGCCCUGGUCAACCAGUCUCGUAAGCACCUGGAAAACGUUUACCGGAAGUACAUGCGCAUCGUGAUCGAAGGGAACCGCGGCUACGCGCGCCUCGGCGGCGAACUGGGCACGGUAAACCUGGUCAAGAGCUUCCUCAACGUCAAGCUUCCCUCGAUGCCCUCGGAAGGCUACGACGGCAAGCUCGACGGACACCCCGUGUGGGCACUCAUCUACUACUGCCUGCGCUGCGGCGACCGCAGCGCCGCGGUCACCAUCAGCCGCCAGGCCGAGGGCAACACGGGUGACAUGACGUCCGUCUUGGAGGAGUACGCCGCGUCCGCCGACGGCCAUCUUGGCGCCAGCAGCGAGAACCGCGUCCGGCAACUGUACGCACGCUUUGUGCGCGCCUCGGAGGACCCCUUCAAGCGAGCCGUCUUCUGCAUCCUGGGUCGGUGCGACGUCGCUCAGGACCACCCGGCGGUGUCGGCGACCUGCGAGGACUACCUGUGGCUCAAGUUGUGCCUAGUGUACGCCGAGGAGCCCGCGUCGCCCGGCGAAGACCAGCAGGAGCAGGCCAGGGACCGCCUGACUUUGUCCAAGCUCCAGCACUCACUUCUGGAAGAGUAUGGAGAGAGUCACUUUGACGCGAUGCGCCAGCCUUACCUCUACUUCCAGGUCCUCUUCUUGACGGGUCAGUUCGAGCACGCCGUUGAGUUCCUGGCCCGCACGGAGCCCCAGCGUGUUCACGCCGUUCAUGUGGCGCUUGUGCUGUACGAGGACCACCUCCUGACGCCGCCCACCUGCGUCCAGCAACCCCUGGUAUCCAAGUCGCCUUCUGGAACAGGCCUCUGCUUCAACCUGGCCCGGCUCGUGACUAGCUACACACGCAAGUUCGAGGCGACCGACCCGUGCAAGGCCCUCGGCUACUUCUACUUCCUGCGGAAGCUCAAGGGAAUCCACGGUGAGAACCUCUUCGUGGCCUGUGUCAGCGAGCUUGUCCUCGAGACCAAGGAGUUCGAAGUCCUGCUGGGAAAGAUCGAGCCAGAUGGCUGCCGUCGGAGAGGAGAGGUCGACAAGUUCAACUUUGACACGGAACGCGUCAUUGAGGCCGUCGCGGCGGACUGCGAGAACCGGGGCCUGUACGAGGAGGCGGUGCGCCUGUACGACCUGUGUGGGAAGCACGAGGACGCAGUCAGGCUCCUCUGCAGGCUGCUCGCGAAGCACGUGCCCAGCGCGUCGGGUCCCGCCUGGGAGCGGCUGCGGGAAUUGGCCGUUGAGCUGGCCACCCGGUAUCAGGACAACGUCAGUCGUGCCUCAGUCGAUGGUCUGGCAUCCCUGUGCCUGCUCCUCGACUUAGGGACAUUCUUCAACCUUGCGCACCAGCACAAGACCACGCUCGCGUUGAACACGAUGCAGCAGCUGCAGUUGGUACCGUUCGACCCGACCCACGUCGAGGAGAGUGUCGCGGCGUUUUCGCGGAGGUCCGAGGAUGUGCGUCGCAUUGUGGCCGACAUACUCCUGGCCGUGAUGAACUUGCUGUAUGGCCAGUACAGGGAGAUCAAGGGACCUGACGAGGUCCAGAAACAGAAGCUGCGUUCGCAGGCGAGGGCCAUCAUAAUGUUCGCUGGCAGCAUCCCGUACAAAAUGCCUGGAGACACGACUGCCAGGCUCGUUCAGAUGGAAGUACUGAUGUGCUGAUGUACUGCUCUCCUCGUCUCUUCCAUGCAUUUUUUUUCUCUCUCUAAUUGGAAAUGAGCCAGAACUGGUCGCACAUCUUAAAUGUUUACCAACAAGACAGAAUGCUUUGUUUUCGGGCAGAGUGGGCUUUCCACAAGCCAGAUUGUACAAAGUUGUGCAUGAUAUAAAAUUUUGUUUUUCGUC